AUGGAUGAGGAGGUGGGAAGUCAUGCCCCCUCUUCAGGGGCAGCACCUCAGGUGCCACCACCAGUUGUAGUACCUGUGCAUGCUCCUGCUAGACCACCAAUAGACAAGCUUAGAAAAUAUGGAGCUAUUGAAUUCAAAGGCAGAAGAGAAGAUGAUGCUCCAGCAGUAGAGUACUGGCUGCAAAGUACAGAGAGAGUAUUGCAGCAAUUGCAGUGCACACCACCAGAUAGUGUGGCUUAUGCAGUUGCUUUGUUACAAGAAGAAGCCUAUCAGUGGUGGGACACCACAUCACAGACAGUGCAACCUGAGCAGCGGACUUGGGAAUUCUUUCUGGCUGAGUUUCGGAAGAUGUAUAUUGGAGAUUUGUAUCUAGAUGAAAAGAGAAGAGAGUUCAUGUAUUUAAGACAGGGCAGGAUGAUUGUUAGCGAGUAUGAAAAAGAUUUCAUCAGACUGAGUAAGUAUGCCCGGAAAAUGGUGCCUACAGAGGAAGCUAGAUCCCAUCCCAUCAAAGAAUUCUCUGCUAUGAAAACUGACAGGGGCUUGCUUCAUGCCACAUCUACUGAGCAUCUUAUGAGAGAUUGUCCUAGGGGACAGGUAUCAUCAGCACCACCUGUAGAGAGGCCUAUUCCUGCUGGAUCUAGAGGAAGAGGAAGGGGUAGAGCUGAAGGAAUCAGAGUAGACCCUAAAAAGAUAGAAGCUAUCCUUGAAUGGAAACCACCUAAGAACGUAGCAGAAAUUAGGAGUUUUCUGGGUUUGGUUAUAUACUAUAGGCGGUCUGUAAAGGGAUUUUCAAUCAUUGCGGCCCCAUUAACUAAAUUGUUGCGUAAGAAUGUUAAAUAUGAUUGGGAUGACAAUUGUCACAAGAGUUUUGAAAAGCUUAAAAAGAUGCUUGCAGAGGCACCUGUCCUUACACAGCCAGAAUCGGGUAAAGAUUUUGUGAUCUACAGUGAUGCCUCACAUAAUAGAUUGGGUUGUGCUAAUCUGGUAGCAGAUGCACUUAGCAGGAAAUCCUUAACUGCUCUGAGAGCUUUGAAUGCUCGUCUAUCUUUAGCUAAUGAUGGGGCUAUCAUAGCAAAACUAAAGCUUAGACCCAAUUUACUUCAACAAGUCCAGGAAGCACAGAAAGGGGAUAUUGAAACAGCUUUGUGGAUAAGGCAAGUCCAAGAGGGGAAAAAGCAGAAACAUGUGAUUCGAGAUGAUGGCUAUUUGUAUUAUGAAGGUAGAAUAUGUGUACAAAAUGUUGAUGACCUGAGGAAGAACAUUCUGGAGGAAGCACAUAGUAGUUCAUAUGCUAUGCAUCCUGGUAGCACUAAAAUGUAUCAAGAUUUGAAACUGCAUUAUUGGUGGCCAAGUAUGAAGAAAGAUAUAGUUGAAUUUGUGGCUAAAUGUCUGACUUGUCAGCAGGUGAAGGCUGAGCAUCAAGUUCCAUCUGGUCUUUUACACCCUAUGGGCAGUCAUUAA